AUGUACAACAAGCAGUACAAGACUCAGCAGGUGAAUCAGGCUUUCCAUUUUGGGAAGAUGCCGUUCAGAGGUGCAUCUGUGCGGAAAUUUGGCAUGGAGCGCCACAAAGUGUUCAUUGGCGGCAACAAUAUCAAAUUGGGCCAGAUGAAGCUCACAUCCAUCUUCACCUCAUUCCCCAUCAGUGCAGGCAUCAAGCCAUCCACAAUUGCAUGCUACAAUAGCCACCUCAGCAAUAAUGACAGGCACAACUUCUCUGUGGAGCCGCAAUUCAAGACCAAGGAUGUCAGCAAGUGCAGCAUCAUCGCCUGA